GAGGAGCGGUGGCUGACGGAUGGCCGAUGCAGUAUUGAGAUAUUGGCGCUGUUUAUGUUGACGGGCGUUUUCUCGACGUUGCUAAUCAGGGAAACGAAGAACGAGACGUUGGAAGACCUCUCGAACGAGAAGCAGGAAGGGUUCAUCGAAGGUGUCGCUGCUUCAGGAGACUCAUAAUUGAGUGUAUGCCAGACGUUUCCUUCCCGCUUCCAUUUCUUGCUUCAUCACUCACACUGCUGCUCAAUGUCUCUAUCCCGUCGCUGCAUGAUGUAUUUAUGCUCUCAUUACUUAGUCACUCACUCUCGUGGAUGGCGCGCGCGUGUGUGCGCCAGACUGUUACGUUCACUGUAAUGUAUCGCAGCCUUGUAUGCGUGAACGCGCAGGACGCGCUGCGGGCUGCAUGUAAUGAAUAUACCCACGCUCCUUGCCCGAUGCAUACUGCUUCGAUUCGCCCCGCGAUUGACUGAAAGAAAUGCCGAGCGUGGGAAAUUGUGGAGUGUCC